AUGAAUAUGUUCCGAAAAAAAGAUGAACUUAAAAGUACAACGACGUUGCUUGAAGAUGGGUAUAUACGAGAUACCAACGAUCCUACGCAACAACCCCCUCGCACUCCUGAUGCAUCUCUUAAUGAUUCAGGAUAUUCAUCAACACCAGGUCCCUCUACCAGUUAUGUCCAUCCUAAUCGGGCACCUCAAGAACUUCCCAGGUCAGUCCCGAACAAUGCCCUUCAAUCAAAUCAGGCUCCUCCUCGACCAGCACGUCCCCAGCAGCCGGUUAUGGAUGCCUCCAUAGCUGGUCAAUCUAGCGCUACCAGUAGGCCCACAAGCCAGGAUCUUGCUCGCUCAGCCAGAGGCAAUAGUAGAAAUUCCAAUUCAUCCAGACAUUCCUCGGCUCAUUCUAGAACUUCCUCUAUUAACGCUCCCCUAAAUAACACAGCUGCCACCGUUCAACGUAACUCUCGUGCCUCUACCACUAGUCGUUACUCUUCAGCGUCCUCUUCGAAUCGAGAUCCUUUUCAAUAUGAUAGCCCCGAGUGGAGAAGGAUUCUUAACAGGGCUAGCAAUGCACAAUAA